UGUGAUAUUAUACUAGGUUACUGAUAGCAUUGAGUAUAAGUUGUGCAGUGUCGUCAUAUGAAGGAGCACACAAGCUGUCCAGUGUGUAUGACGACAUUCUCAAUCCCACCCUGGGGGGAGAGGGCGAGAGGGACUAACAAGUCAUCAUCGAGACUGGGGUAAUUACCUGUUCACCUCCACCUGAACAGGUUUCUUUGUUGUGACCAAGUCUGUCAGAGUGAACAGAUGAAACAGUCAACAGUAAGUUCUGCUCAACAUGGGGAUUCGGAGUCGUCUUCCCGAUGUUCGUAUACCGUGGGUCUCCAUAACGGACUUUCUGCUGGCUGAUGUAGACAAAUAUGCAGACUUUAUAGCAGUGGUCGACACCCAAAGUGACAUCAAAUAUACGUACGGUGACGUCAGAAACCACGUGAGGUCCAUCGGCAGCGCGCUCACCCGUAAGGGUUUUCGAAAGGGAGACGUGCUGUGUAUAUAUUGCCCGAACGUUCCGGAGUUUCCCUUAGUAUUACUGGGAACUCUUGCUGUGGGUGGGAUCGUUACCACUUGUAACCCACAGUACACAGCAGAAGAACUGGAAAAGCAAAUGAAUCUUGCGCAUGUGCAGUAUAUAAUCACAGUGCCUGAGUGUGCAGAGAAGGCCAUCAGAGUUGCUGCUACAACUGAAAUAAAGGCUGUGUACGUAUUGGGCAGCGCCCAGGGAUGCACCCCAUUCACCGAACUUCUAAAUGACAGCGGUUCUGCCUUCCCUGAUGACGUCAACAUCUCGCCGCAAGAUGUCGCACUCCUCCCGUUUUCCAGUGGCACGACAGGCCUGCCCAAGGGUGUGAUGCUCACGCACUACAAUAUUGUCGCCAAUCUCUUGCAGUCGAGAGAUUUUAUAUACACCGGACGCCCUGGUGUAGAUUUUGUCUUGGGGUAUCUUCCUUUCUUCCAUGGCUUUGGUUUACUUGUCAUCAAUAUCGGAUCGAUCAAAUUCAAACAGACAAUUGUAUGCAUGAGAAAAUUCGACUUUGAAGAUUUCCUGGCCGCUAUUGAAAAGUACAAAAUCCGGUAUCUGUUUGCGGCGCCUCCAAUUGUCAUUAGGAUGGCCAAGCACCCCAGUGUGGCAAAAUACGACCUAUCUUGUGUGGAAACCAUCAUGUCAGCAUCAGCCCCACUGGGGAGUGAUUCAGAAGAGGAACUGGAGGCGCGUCUUGGGACGUGUAGUCUGACACAAGGUUAUGGAUUAACAGAAACUGGUCCUUUCUGCUCCUUGCCACCACUUUCAAGACACUUAAGGCGACCAGGAGCGUCUGGAGUUUUAGUCCCAAAUACAGAGUGUAAGGUGGUGGACCCCAUCACGAAGAAGGAACUUGGUCCAAACCAAGAUGGCGAACUAUGGUUCCGAGGCCCUCAAGUUUUCAUAGGCUACUUGAAUAAUCCUGUUGCCACUGCGGCCACAUUGGACAAGGACGGCUGGAUACACACCGGUGACAUUGGACACUACGACGAGGAUCAGUACCUAUAUAUCAAAGACCGUAUUAAGGAGAUGAUCAAGUUCAAAGGGUUCCAGGUGGCGCCAGCAGAGCUAGAGAGUGUCUUGGUAACCCACCCAGCGGUGGAAGACGCGGCGGUAGUGGGUCGACCUGACCAAGAGGCUGGAGAAUUGCCCAUGGCGUUUGUGGUUCUUAAGUCUGGUAGAAUGACCACUGAGAGGGACAUCAUGGACUUCUUGGCAGAAAAGGUGGCUCCUUACAAGCGUUUGCGGGGUGGAGUGGUAAUUGUGAAGUCGAUCCCUAAGACUGAGAGCGGGAAAAUUCUGCGGCGUUUUCUUCGAGCCGGAUUAAGGGAGAGAGUUGAAAAAAUGAAAGCGAAACUGUGAGGAAUUCGUCGUUGCACUUCCAAGAGGUUGGAUGCUCUGACGUUUAGAUAAUUUAAGCUAAUUAACAGAGCCACAGAUGUCAAGGACAAAUAUCAUUGUGUAUUAGUCAUAUCAUAGAAAACAUAAUCUGCUGAGAUAUUAUUUCCUAAAUAUUUGAAGUUAAUCAGUAAUGGCCCUGUGGUUGGGGAAUAUGUUUAUUGACUUGUCAUUUGCUUGCUCGAACUAAACUGUCUCUUACGGGCUACAUAAUGACACACAUACCCAAACUUUCUGCAAAGAAAUCUGUCAGAUCAAUUUAAUCAAAGUAUCGCAUCAUUGUGUUACACCAUCCGUGCGUGGUACAGUCGUAGGAGACACGCAUUUUU